GUGUGGGGCGGGGGCGGGACGCCUCCUGGCCGCAGGUCGGGUCCUGUGUCAGCAGCCCAGCAGGCGCUCGGGCGGGACAUGGCGGGCUGUGUGGCCCGGCGGGCCCUGGCUGUGUGCAGCCGCUGGUGGUCUCGGUCGCUGACAGGGGCCCGGGGGCCGAGGCCAUUCUGUGCGGCAGGUGGAGCUGGGGCCUUCCCACCAGCUGCGACCACGACACGGAGGCAUCUCUCGUCCCGAAACCGACCAGAGGGCAAAGUUUUGGAGACAGUUGGUGUGUUUGAGGUGCCAAAACAGAACGGAAAAUAUGAGACUGGGCAGCUUUUCCUUCAUAGUGUUUUUGGCUAUCGAGGUGUCGUCCUGUUUCCCUGGCAGGCCAGACUUUAUGACCGGGAUGUGGCUUCUGCAGCUCCAGAAAAAGCAGAGAAUCCUGCUGGCCAUGGCUCUAAGGAGGUGAAAGGCAAAACUCACACUUAUUAUCAAGUGCUGAUUGAUGCCCGAGACUGUCCACAUAUAUCUCAGAGAUCUCAGACAGAAGCGGUGACUUUCUUGGCUAACCAUGAUGACAGCCGGGCCCUCUAUGCCAUCCCAGGCCUGGACUAUGUCAGCCAUGAAGACAUCCUCCCCUACACCUCCACUGAUCAGGUUCCCAUCCAGCAUGAGCUCUUUGAAAGAUUUCUUCUCUACGACCAGACAAAAGCACCCCCUUUUGUGGCUCGGGAGACGCUACGGGCCUGGCAAGAGAAGAAUCACCCCUGGCUGGAGCUUUCCGAUGUCCACCGGGAAACAACCGAGAACAUCCGCGUCACUGUCAUCCCCUUCUACAUGGGCAUGAGAGAAGCACAGAAUUCCCACGUCUACUGGUGGCGCUACUGUAUCCGCCUGGAGAACCUUGACAGUGAUGUGGUACAGCUCCGGGAGCGACACUGGAGGAUAUUCAGUCUCUCCGGCACCUUGGAGACAGUGCGAGGCCGAGGGGUGGUGGGCAGGGAACCAGUGUUAUCCAAGGAGCAGCCUGCAUUCCAAUAUAGCAGCCACGUCUCCCUGCAAGCUUCCAGUGGGCACAUGUGGGGUACGUUCCGCUUCGAGAGGCCUGAUGGUUCCCAUUUUGAUGUCCGGAUCCCUCCUUUCUCCCUGGAAAGCAAUAAAGAUGAGAAGACACCACCCUCAGGCCUUCACUGGUAGGCCAGCUGAGGCCCUGAGUGCCCAAGCUCGGCCCCUGAAGAAUAGCUCUUAUCCUACAAUUGCUGCAGAACUCUCUCUCCAUCAUGGGCCACAGCAGGUCUCUUUUUGGCACCAUUUGAUUGUGGGAUUCUUUUUUUGGAGGGUGGGCUGUAACUGUUUUCUCCAGAGGACCCAUGUAGGACUCCUCCAAGGCUGGCCUCCCCUAUAAGCCUUGCCUGUAGUGUUCCAGUAGACCUUUCCACCAGGAACUCUGUGUUCAGCUGCCACAGGCCUGGAGGAGUUUCUAGGCCUAUCACACAAGUCAUUUUGAAAUGUCAGGUUUGGUCAAUAAACCAGUGCGCACUUGGCCACCCUUGCCAUUUCUGUCCCCAGGAUCUCAGCCUCCUUUUUUUGACCCAGCUGGGGAGGUAGGGGGACUUGCUUUCCUUGCUGUCUUUCCAGGAAGCUGCCCCUUCUACUAGGGUAUGUAUAUUUCCCUCCUGAGGCUGGGGGUUGGCUGGACGUCUUCCAGGGUCAUUGUGCCUCUCAGCCAGUGGGGUGGGGAGCUGGACUGGAUUCUUGUUUUCUUCUUUACCUUCUGCCAAGGGGAGUGGGAGGCCAACAUCAGGGUGAGAGGAGUGAGGCAAGCCAGUCAGGUUUCCUGGAACAAUGGGCUUGCCAGCCAUGAGCAUGAAUUUGUCAAACCUCCAGACUACAAAUGCAGAAACUCAGCCGAGGAGCUUUAGGUGUAUAUAGAUGGCAACUAAGCCAAGCUACUUUCUGAACUUCUCACAGAUCUCCAAGAGCCAGAGAUGAAAUGUGCUGCAUUUUACCCUGAUUCUUAGGGUUCCUGCUCCCCUGCUUCCAUAGCAAUUGUUAAAGAGGUUGUUUAUUCUUGAAUUAAUAUUAAAUCUCAGUUCCAGCCCA